AUGAACUGUGUGCUCCUGAACCUGAGACCGGCAGCGCUGAGGGGCGAGGCGCUGGUCUUCCUGCCAUACAGCCCCGGGGGUCGGCGGGUGGUGGUGGGCGUGGCGAGCUGGACGUCACCGGGGGGUCUUGCACCUCACAGCGACUCCCAGCUCUUCCCUUUCAAGUUUGCAGACUUCCACGGCGCAACCAUACCCGUUACGGCGCUAAUCCUACCGCCGUUCUGGAAGGUGGUGGACGCCGGGGCCGCAGAUAGUUGGUCCAAGUACUCGGGAAGGGAUUGUCUGCUUAUGAAGGCGUUAGCGAGGACCCUAAAUUUCACCUUCCAUCUAGACAAGAGUUCUAACAUUGAUGAGAUCAUGGCGAGUCUCGAGGGCGGUCGCGUCAUGCUGUCGGGAUUUCGCAUCAUGCUCAUCCCACAAAUCCUAGAGAGAGUUGACCACACGUACUUCAUCGACCGCGCUUCCUUCGCCUUCAGCAUGGCCAAGCCCACCACGAGGCCCCAGUGGCAGAGCCUGUACUACCCCCUGAGGCCCUGGGUGUGGCUCUGUAUCCUCAUCUCCACUGUGGUUGUGUUGUCCCUUAUGUCUUUGGUAAGUUUCUUCAUUUUCUACAUGGAGGACGAGGAAAGAGGGACGCCAGCACACCGCUCCGCCGUUCUCGACACCCUGGGCAUUCUCUUGGGGCACGACAUGCAGUUAAGGAUGUCCAGGUGGACCGCGGGGUUCGUACUGGUGCUGAGCUGGCUGAUAUUGGCGAUGGUGGUCAGUACAGGUUAUCGGGGGACGCUCACGGCCUUCCUCUCAGUCCCGAAGUACCCAAGUCGGCCUGAGACGAUGGAGGAGCUUGCGAAGGCGAAUGUGAGGUCGGUUUUUACCCAGAACGCCACGAGGUUCCUCAUGUACUUCCAGGAAUCGAACAUCCCCGCCUAUCGCAGCGUGGGGAGCCGCGUCGACUGGGUGACCUCCGUGGUUAAGGGGCUCCAGCAGAUUUCGGAACAGAAGAAGGCGUUUUUCCACGAGCGCUACAACACGUUACUUGAAAUCGCUGAGCGCUUCACUGAGGCGGAUGGUUCCACGCCUCUGUACGUUGCUCGCGAGAAUGUCAUCCCAAACUACGCCGCCUGGAUGAUGCCCCACGACGCGCCCUACAAGUCGGACGUUGACCAAGGCCUCCUCAGGAUCAUUGAAAGCGGCCUAAAGGAGAAAUUCACAGACGACAUGCUGCGGGAGGCCUGGCAGGAGAUCCGGCUGAAGAAGAGAGACCACCAGGAGGCGAAAGUCGGGAGCUCUGUCCAAACCGACGAUCACCAAAAGUCUCUAAGUAUGAACCAUAUGCAAGGCGCCUUCUGGAUCUUGCUGUUGGGGGCCCUCCUUGCCUCAGGGGCCUUCCUUGGGGAACUCAUAGUGGCACCUGAGCGUCUUCGAGGAACCUUGAGGAUUGAAUACAUGAAAGAAUAGAAAAUAGAGGAUAUAAUAUAAUCCUUAGACGACUUACAUAUACUGACCUUUUUAGAUCUUUCCUGGGACGAACUCUCAGACCGCCUUCUACGUUUCACUAUCCAUGUUUCUUAGGAUUGCACAGAUGAAAUGUACGAAUAUUAUAUCCAUCAUCAUGCAAAUUGAGCCGAUUUAGUUUGUAUGAGGUGCUAGAAUCAUAUCAAAAGUGGCCAUAUGCAUUCCACCAUCCAUGUUACAUUAAAUUAUAUAGAUGACUAAUAACUGUACGGAAAUUAUUAUCUUCCAUAUGCAAACUGAGGUGAUUUAAUUAGUUAGUGUGAGGCACUAGAAUCAUGUCAAAAUAGCCCUUAACAGUAAAA